CCUAUUUCUUUGUUCCGCCAAUUUCGUUCCCCUUUCUCCUUUUUGCUGAUUCUCUGUUCCCGAUCUUCGAUCACAUUCCAGAGUUCGUGCGACUGUUUCUUCAAAUUUCACUUUGUUCUCUUGCUUUGUCCCUAGGAAAAGGGUUCGAUUACUUUUCUUAAUACUCACCAGAUGAAUGGUUCGUGAGCUUGGUUGUUGAUGAAUUGAUCGAGGAUGAGUCAGCCAUCGGUGAUUCUCGCAACCGCGAGCUACGAUCACACGAUUCGUUUCUGGGAAGCCGAAAGUGGUCGCUGUUACCGAACCAUACAGUAUCCCGAUUCGCACGUGAACAGACUCGAGAUCACGCCAGAUAAACGCUAUCUAGCGGCGGCAUGUAAUCCUCACAUACGAUUGUUUGAUGUUAACUCCAACAGCCCUCAACCUGUCAUGACCUAUGAUUCACAUACAAACAAUGUUAUGGCAGUCGGGUUCCAAUGUGAUGGAAAAUGGAUGUAUUCAGGAUCUGAGGAUGGCACAGUUAAGAUCUGGGACUUAAGGGCUCCAGGUUGCCAAAGGGAGUACGAAAGUGUUGCUGCAGUUAACACUGUUGUUUUACACCCAAAUCAGACCGAACUGAUAUCGGGAGAUCAAAAUGGUAAUAUCCGUGUAUGGGAUCUCAAAGCAAAUUCAUGCAGCUGUGAACUGGUACCAGAAGUUGAUACCGCUGUGCGGUCUCUAACAGUAAUGUGGGACGGGACAAUGGUGGUAGCCGCUAAUAAUCGUGGAACAUGUUAUGUAUGGCGCCUGUUGCGUGGAAAACAGACUAUGACCGAGUUUGAGCCCCUCCAUAAGCUACAGGCUCAUAAUGGUUACAUCCUCAAAUGUCUCCUCUCUCCUGCUAACAGAUAUCUCGCAACUGCAUCCUCUGACAAGACAGUCAAGAUAUGGAACGUCGAUGGUUUCAAAUUAGAGAAAACUCUAACAGGACAUAACCGUUGGGUCUGGGACUGCGUUUUCUCAGUGGACGGAGAGUUUCUUGUGACAGCGUCUUCGGACACAACAGCGAGACUGUGGUCAAUGCCGUCGGGGAAAGAGGUGAAGGUGUACCAAGGCCACCACAAAGCCACUGUCUGCUGUGCCCUCCACGACUGAUCCACUAAGACACAGACAUUACUUUAUGUUCUAUGUAAGAAAAUUAAAACCCUUUUUUUAAAAGUUAAUGGAUUGGUUCAUGUUUGCUGCUUUUACAUGUCAAAGUAACCCUCCCUUUUGGUUUUUGUAUCCCUUUCUUAUAAUUGGAGUUGGCAAGUUCAUCAUA